AUGAAUGCUUCCCCCGACAUGAAAAUCCUCAGCUUUGAGGAAAUACUAAAAAUCGAGGCCGAAGUAUUCCAACCAUCCUCCCCCCAUUCUUUCCACCCAUUUUCCUGUUCAAGUUCGGGCACGGAGUCCGAAAACGCACACAGUGAAGAUCAGUUUAAUGCGCAUAUUAAGGCUACGGUGGAGAUUACCAAAUCCAGGUUGGAAAAAUCGGCCCUAGCUCUAUUUGAUUUUGUCGUCGACCAAACGAACUGGGAUAUGGACUCAAACCUGCUUCAGCUGGGUGAGGACAAGAUUUCGGAGGUGCAAAUGUGGCAUGAAAAGCUCGAGACACCACUUCGGGACUCUCCAAAGUACACACCGAUGCACUUCGCGUCUUAUACAACAACCGCCUGGACAUUCAUCCACGAGAUAGAGAGUCUGCUAGCACAAUACCAAGAAUGGAAGGAUAAAGUAUCGCAGUCCACCCAAAACUCGAAAUUCCAGACUUCCUCCACAACUCCUGGCUCAGUUUCAGCAAUUUUGCCAACUGCCGAGCCCAACAGCCUAGCUAGAGGAUAA